AACAUGCGGCAAAAGUAACCUCCACAUCACGAUACAUAUUUUGUUAUUUUAAAUAUUUUUAUUGUAUUGAAAAUACAACUUUGAUUAAUUCAUAAGUUAAAUCACAAUGUCGGACGAUAAUACUAAAGCAAUUGAAGCUAGGACUUUAAAAGCUGAGAAGGAAGUAAAAGCUAUAGAAGAGGAAAUUGAUAAACUCAUCAAAGGUGAUUUGAGCUAUGUUUCUGAUCCACAGCUUGACAAAUUGCUUUCUGAAAAUGAGAAAUUGAAGCAUCGUCUAUCAAUUUUGGAGAAUGCUAUCAAAGCAGAAAGUUCCCAAGUAGUGAAACGGGAAUCGAGAAAAAGGCCUACGCUCAUCACUGACAUUAACUCUAUAGAGGGUACGUUAAGUGUCCUGGAUGAAUUAAAAAACAUUUUUACGGUUGCUGUAGAUGCAGCUUAUCCAGAUUUAGAAGACCCGCCCGUUGUCAUUACAUUGUCUGGUAAUAAUCCUAAAUUUGGUGAUUAUCAAUGCAAUUCUGCUAUGCCAAUAUCUCAAUUGCUCAAAGCUAAAAAUAUUAAGACAAAUCCAAGAGAAGUGGCUAACAAUAUUCUAAACAAAACACCAACAUCACCUUUGGUUGAAAAAGUGGAAGUUGCAGGCGCUGGGUUUUUAAAUAUUUACCUAAAUAGACCUUUUGCAGAACAUGUGCUCACAUGUAUCCUUAAAUAUGGAGUAAAGCCUCCUCCUGUGAAACGGGAGAGGAUAGUUGUAGAUUUCUCUUCACCAAAUAUUGCUAAAGAGAUGCAUGUUGGUCACUUACGGUCUACAAUUAUUGGUGAAAGUAUAAGCCGAUUGUUAGAGUUUUUAAAUCAUGAUGUUUUACGUAUCAAUCAUCUUGGUGACUGGGGUACACAGUUUGGUAUGUUGAUAGCACAACUUCAAGACAAAUUUCCUGACUACAAAACCGUAUCUCCUCCAAUAUCUGACUUGCAAGCAUUUUACAAGGAAUCUAAGAAGAGGUUUGAUGAAGAUGAGGAGUUUAAGAAGAAGGCUUAUUCCUGCGUUGUUGAAUUACAGUCGGGUAAUCCAGACUUCAUAGCUGCUUGGAAGCUUAUCUGUGAAGUAUCUCGUCGAGAAUUCCAAAAAGUAUAUGAUAGACUUAACAUCAGCAUAAUUGAUCGUGGAGAAUCAUUUUAUCAAAGCCGAAUGGUGACUGUUGUGAAUGAACUUAAGGAAUUGGGCUUGCUUGAGGAAGACGACGGUCGAUUAAUCAUGUGGGGAAAUGAGGAGCGGACUGGCAUUCCAUUGACGAUUGUAAAGUCUGAUGGUGGUUACACCUACGACACAUCAGACAUGGCCACUAUCAAGCAGAGAGCUCAUGAGGAAAAGGGACAAAGAUUGAUUUAUGUUACUGACAAUGGACAAUAUAAUCACUUUGUUAUAAUAGAAGCGUGCGCUCGUAGGGCUGGCAUCCUUAACGACAAUCACCCUGGAAUUGAGCAUGUUGGAUUUGGAGUUGUUUUAGGUGAAGAUAAGAAAAAAUUCAAAACCAGAUCUGGUGAUACAAUCAAACUCAUAUCUCUGAUGGAUGAAGGGUUAAAGAGAGCUCUAGACAAACUAAUUGAGAAGGGCCGUGAUAAAGUGUUAACACCAGAAGAAUUAAAGAAGGCGCAAGAAGCUGUUGCUUAUGGAUGUAUUAAGUAUGCAGAUCUUUCACAUAACCGAAUUAAUGAUUAUAUCUUCUCAUUUGAUAAGAUGUUAGAUGAUAAGGGUAAUACUGCAGUAUAUUUAUUGUACGCUUUGACUAGAAUUCAGUCAAUAGCAAGAACUGCACAAGUAUCUAUGGAUACCUUAAUGAAAGAAGUCGAGAAAACAGGUAUAAAACUAACACAUGAAGCAGAGUGGAAGCUAGGCAAAGUCUUACUCAGAUUCCCAGAAGUUAUUUUGAAAGUAUCAAAAGACCUAUUUCUACACUCUCUGUGUGAGUAUCUGUAUGAAAUUUCAUCAACAUUCACAGAAUUCUAUGACAAAUGUUAUUGUGUAGAGAAAGACAAAAGUGGUAACAUUGUGAAGAUUUUCUACGAAAGAUUAAUGCUGUGUGAAGUGACCGCUCGAGUCAUGCAAAAAUGUUUUGAUAUUUUAGGUAUUGAAACUGUUUCUAAAAUGUAAACCAUUAAGAAUAAAAUAAACAUUUUUCUAAAAUACACUAAUGUAGAUUUUAAUAAUUUAUUAACUAACACAAAUAAAACGCAUCUGUAAA